UAUAUCUCUUUGGAGUAUGAGAAGGUUGCCAAUUGCCAUAUGGGCCCGUUUUCACAAAUCACAAGCCGAGCGUCUACUUUUUAGGAUCUGAAAACCUUCGAUUUCUUUAAAAAGGGGUUUGGUUCUCUCGCCUCUUGCAAAACCGUCCCACUUGUUUUCAGUUUUCCAAGCCCACGCCCCGCCGAAAAUCUCUGCUGAGGUACAUCCACGAUAGUUAUGGUGUUCAAUUUUUUUCGCACUUUCAUAUCAAUUUAGGGUUCUUUUAUAUACGGAGUAAUAUUUUUAUGUUUCACGAUGUUGAUGAAAUAUAUUAAAAAGUUUUCAUCCCAUUUAUCUCAAUAGCAUCUGUCUGGUUGUUUACUUGCUUUUGUUUGUAAUAUUUUAGUGUUAUAAUUUCAAUUUCUGUAUAGGUAUAUACCUAGCUUAGUAUCUUCCAUUGGAGAAGGAAUUGAAUAAUUAUGAACUUGCAAAGUAAAUCGUUUUUUAUUUAACUGUAUAUUUUACUACAAAAUCAUAUCUUGUAUUGUUUUAGGUAUAAAGCAUCCUUAUCUCGUUGAAUAUAUCAUAUUGAGCUCUAAAACUAGUAUUCAUACUCCAUUUACAAAAUAUUACGGUUUGGGUAGUUGCUAGUUGUUACAUAGGAAUGAUAAACCAUGACCUCUAUUUACUCCGAAUAGGCUUUAUUAACUCUAAAUAGGCUCUUACUACGAUUCCUAAGAUGUUUACUUAUACGAAGGCAAUCCUUUUAAGCAGGUUAAAUUAAAUUCUCUUAAUCUUGAGUUUGAUGUUUUUCGUACUAAACCUUUUUUCAGGGAAGUUGCAUUGUAUCGCUGUUUAAACAUAUAGAAGUAGUACCUCAAGAGGAAAUGGCAGGUAGUGGAGAUCAAGUUGCUGCAUUGCUAUUCUGGGGAGGUCAAGUAAUAAAGAAUGGAUAUCUCGGUUCCGUUGAUUACUCUGAGCCACCAAAAACGAUGUGUUUCUUGAGUCGAAGGGGCAGGCAUGCAGAGCUGGUGAGGAAAGUGCACACAGCAAUGAACAGCGAUGAUCAAUACAAAAUGCUUGACUUGUUUGGAAAGUACCCGACCACCCUUCCUGGAGGCAAAGUCCUGUUUGUUUCUAUCCCUCUAACGGAUGAUCAAUCACUGGGGUGGUUUUUGGAUGUGGCUUCGCUUUCCCAGCCUGUUCAUGUGUACGCGGUUGCUGCUCCAAAGAGAAACGAUGAACCCGAGGACAACCCGAGAUCCACCACAGGUGCAAUUACGGAGAUAUAUGUAAAAACCAUGACAGGGAAGACAAUUGUCCUCGAGGUUGAAUCUUCAGACAUCAUUCGGGAUUUGAAGGAACAGAUUGAGGACUUGGAAGGUAUGCCUGUUGAGAAGCAGAACCUCCUGUUUAACGGCAGGAGCCUCGCCAACCACCUCACCAUUGGCGACUACAACAUCCCGAACAAGUCUGAAGUAGACCUCCUCCCCUUUUUAUGUGGUUGUUGAUGGUCCACUCUACCCACGCCAACCAGCUAUUUCUGCACAAACAAAUUCCUUAUCUUUUGCUGAUUUAUGCCAUUGAACCUUUACUUUUGCUAGGAGUAUUUAAUUUAGGUUUUCUUUAUGCAUUGGGUUCUAUUUAAUUUAUAUAUAUGUAUGCAUAUUUCCAAUCCAUAUAUUAUCACUUAUAACCUGAAAUGCAUUGUUAAUUAAAAGCAACUAAUGGGUCGUCUAAGGCACAGGAAUACCAUUUACUUGGUACCGAGGUACC